AGAAGAGGGAAACCCGUGAAGCUACGCUGGAAUCCACAGGGAGUCCGUCUGCGCUGUCAAGAGCAAUUCACUGCAAGUUCCGAGUCAGAAAACCAGUGUUGCAGACAUGGUAGUUCUAAAGCAGUGUUGUUGCGGAUGCUCGCUCAGGGCUGGAGCCAUCAUGAUUGCCAUCUUCUUUGUGGUUUGGAGCCUUGUGGACAUAGGAACAUCAGCGAACAGUCUGAACACCUAUCACUACAUCGAUGACGAUCUAAGUGCAGCCAUCGACAAAUUUAAUAGUCACGUAUACACAGACGUCGAGAAUCCACUCAUAAAUACAGGUGAUACUCUCAACAAUCAUUUGGCACUAAAGGGCGAGGACGGCAGACUGAGCAGCACAAUGGAUAAAGCACUAUCCCAGACUCGAGUUACUAAGGCGGAGUUGAUUUUAGGCGUCUUCUUCUCUGUUAUCCAGUUUAUCUGUGGCAUACUUCUCAUCUAUGGAGCAAUUCAGGAAAAUGCUGGCAUACUUCUUCCAUGGGUGGUUGUGGAAACCUUGCUACUCAUAGCAGGGACUGUAAUGGGCAUUGUAUCAUGUAUUAAAGCUUUUGCGGUUAUCGAAUCAACUAUCGCCGGCAGUAUUACAGUUGUUUGGCUCGUCCUCUACUUUCUGCUCAGCGUGUACUCCCUCGUGAUCGUCUACAGUUACUACCGGGAUCUCCGUGGUAACCCACGUCCUGUCAGGCUGAUAGAGGAGAGCGAGGAUGCGGAAAUGUGAAGAGAGGUGAAAGCAGUUGAGUGUUUGCGUCACCAUUACUUCUGCGAAACGUGUAGGUCAUAAAAUUCCUUGAGACUCAGAUUUUUUCUUGUGCAUACAUUUACGAAUCUUGAAGUAACCAAAGUUAUCAGCUGUCACUUUUGGUUUUGACAGUGCAUAUAGAAACCAUGUAGAACAUUUAUCACGAACAGUGUCUACAUUUUAGUAGCGAUAUACUAAUGAUUCCACUUGCUAUUUCCCUUUUCACAAACAGAGAGUGUCAUAAAUAAUUUCAGAGACCAUUCAUGUCUACAAGAACUCUUUCCACACUAUUCUCAAGAGAAUUUUGUAUAUAUCACCCUCAAUUCCUGCAUCUAACAAAGCGUAGUUUACUAUCUGCUAUACAAUUUGCUCGAACAAAAUAUACGUAUUUAUUUACGUUAUGUGUAUUUCCAUUUGAGUAAGUGAAUGAUGAUCGUCUUCAUCUCAUGUUACAUAUAGUUUGUAGUACAAAAUGUAAGAUGUUUUGAUUAUUUACU